GGAUGGUGGCUGGAGCCAACAUGGAGUCCUUAGUAGGAUAAGGGUGAAACUGCUGUUGCUGGCUGCUCCUGUUCUUCCCCCCAUCAUGUUGGUGCACUUAUUUCGGGUCGGGAUUCGGGGAGGUACUGUCCUAGGCAGGCCGCUACUCCCCCUCCGCUUCCAGACAUUCUCGACCGUCAGGCACUCUGAUGGCCGCCACAGCUCCUAUCUCCUCAGGGCUGUGGCCCAGCUGCGGUCCCAGCUCCGGGCUCGCCUCCCUCAAGUGCCACCGGGUCCAGGUCGAAGCCCCUCUUCCUGGUGCUGGGUUGGGGGAGCCCUCCUGGGCCCCGUGGUGCUGAGUAAGUGCCCCCGCCUCUGCCUUGUGGCGCUGUGUGAGGCAGAAGAGGCCCCUCCUGCCUCCAAACCCUAUGACGUGGAGACCCGCUUUAACUGGAAGCUCUUCUGGCAGUUUCUGCGCCCCCACCUGCUGAUCCUGGGGGCAGCCAUCGUGCUGGCACUGGGUGCAGCACUGGUGAAUGUGCAGAUCCCGCUACUCCUGGGCCAGCUGGUGGAGAUUGUGGCCAAGUACACGAGGGACCACAUGGGCAACUUCCUGAAAGAGUCCCGGAGUCUCAGCACCCACCUGCUCCUCCUCUACGGCCUCCAGGGAUUGCUGACCUUUGGGUACCUGGUGCUCCUGUCCCGCAUCGGUGAGCGCAUGGCUUUGGACAUGCGGAGGGCCCUCUUCAGCAACCUGCUCCGACAAGACAUUGCUUUCUUUGAUGCUAAAAAGACAGGGCAGCUGGUGAGCCGAUUGACAACUGACGUGCAGGAGUUUAAAUCGUCCUUCAAACUUGUCAUCUCCCAGGGGCUUCGAAGCUGCACCCAGGUGGUUGGCUGCCUGGUGUCCCUGUCCAUGCUGUCCACACGCCUCACGCUGCUGAUGUUGGUGGCCAUGCCCUCCCUGAUGGGAGUUGGCACCUUGAUGGGCUCAGCUCUCCGAAAAUUGUCUCGCCAGUGUCAGGAGCAGAUAGCCAGGGCAACAGGUGUAGCGGAUGAGGCCCUGGGUAAUGUUCGGACUGUGAGAGCCUUCGCCAUGGAGCAGCGGGAAGAGGAACGCUACGGAGCAGAGCUGGAAGGGUCCCGCUGUAAGGCAGAGGCACUGGGCAGAGGCAUCGCCCUGUUCCAGGGGCUCUCCAACAUCGCCUUCAACUGCAUGGUCUUGGGCACCCUCUUUAUUGGGGGUUCCCUCGUGGCUGGACAGCAGCUGACCGGGGGAGACCUCAUGUCCUUCCUGGUGGCCUCCCAGACGGUGCAGAGGUCCAUGGCCAACCUCUCUGUCCUGUUUGGUCAGGUGGUGCGGGGGCUCAGCGCAGGCGCCCGGGUGUUUGAGUACAUGACUUUGAGCCCGUGCAUCCCGCUGUCCGGAGGCAGCUGUGUCCCCAGAGAGCAGCUGCGUGGGUCCAUCACGUUUCACAACGUCAGCUUCAGCUACCCCUGCCGCCCCGGCUUCCCGGUCCUCAAAGACUUCACCCUCACGCUGCCCCCUGGCAGGAUCGUAGCCCUUGUGGGCCAGUCCGGCGGAGGAAAGACCACCGUGGCUUCCCUGCUUGAGCGCUUCUACGACCCUACGGCAGGCAGGGUCACCCUAGACGGGCAGGACCUGCGGACCCUCGACCCCUCUUGGCUCCGGGGCCAGGUCAUCGGCUUCAUCAGCCAGGAGCCAGUCCUGUUCGGAACAACAAUCAUGGAGAACAUCCGCUUUGGGAAGCUGGGUGCCUCUGAUGAAGAGGUCUACGCAGCUGCCCCGGAAGCCAACGCACACGAGUUCAUCACCAGCUUCCCCGACGGCUACAACACCGGCUACAACACCGUCGUCGGUGAACGGGGCACAACCCUGUCUGGUGGCCAGAAGCAGCGCCUGGCCAUCGCCCGCGCCCUCAUCAAGCAGCCAGCAGUGCUGAUCCUGGACGAGGCGACUAGCGCUCUGGAUGCAGAGUCCGAGCGGGUCGUGCAGGAGGCCCUGGACCGAGCCAGCACUGGCCGCACUGUGCUGGUCAUCGCCCACCGGCUGAGCACCGUACGAGGGGCCCACCACAUCGUCGUCAUGGCCCAGGGCUGUGUCUGUGAGGAGGGGACCCAUGAGGAGCUCCUGAAGAAAGGUGGCCUCUAUGCCGAGCUCAUCAGGAGACAGGCCCUGGGUGCCCCGUCUCCUGAGGCACCCAGAGGCCCCAGGAACCACCACCCAAAGUCCUGAGAGCAGCCCUCUGCAGUCUGGUCACCGCCAAGCAUUAGUGCCCAGGGCUGAGGACUGAGCUCCCCAGAGGGCCGGGCUGGGCUAUGGGCUGCCCCCCUGCCCACAAUAAACCCAGGACAAGCCCUGGGCUGGAAGGAAGUUGGAACUGCUCCCAUCGCCUCCCCCACCUACCUCCUGGCUGCCUUCCUCCUGCCAGAGCCACCGAGUCAUUGGGCUGCACAGGGAAGGAGGCAGAGUCCUGGGCCCAUGCUCUGUUCUCUAUCUCCCCCCAGACCCUCCUCCCAGGAGCUCUGCCAGCCUCCCUCCUACCCGACAGCCUAAAUUUGUCCAGGCCCCAGCUCUAAGGAGACUACAUUCAGGGUUGGGGUGGGUAGAGAAUUCACCCUGGGGUUCUCCCCCACACCCAUGCCAGACCUCAAUUUCCUAGGCUGAUCCCAACACCCCUUCGUCCCCACUGCCUCGCUGGGCCCUGAAAGAAGGAACCCCCACCUUGGGUCAACCCCUCAAACCCACAAUCCCCAUCCUCAGAACAAUUUCUCUUCCUUCACACAGUCCUUGUUUCUAGAUUUCACCCUCCCUUGUCCAAACAGGACGGAUGCCUGACAGGCCCUCGGGGAGGGAGAGGAGGAGUGGGCACUGUGGUCCAGCCUGGCUGUCUCACCACUG